AUGCCUGUUACUACUAUUAUGAAACCAUCUACUCCCGUAAGUACAGUCUCGUCUUUGGAUACAAAUACUACAGCAACCGCUGUUCAAAGUGGUCCCUAUACAAAAGCUCAAUUUCAAAAUACUAUGGAAGGUUCUCGAAGUGUGAAAAAUGCUAAAGAAGUUGAACAAUUACUUCGUGAUUAUCCAGCUGCAUUAGAACUUUUUCGAACAGGAAGAUAUAAAGUCAAAGUUAAAUAUGAAGCUGAUGUUGAACGUGUUAUACUUGUUGAAAAACGAUCAAGCAAAACUACGUCAAAUAAUGAAAUAAAAACAAAUGGUGUUCAACAAAAUAAUCAAUCUCAUCUUGAUAUAUCAACAAAAUCGGAAAAAAUAAAAGAAGAUAUAAAAACAGAAAGAGAUUCUGAACGAUCACGUAGUCGUACACAUUCACGAGAUCAUGUUGCAUCAAUAACAUCUGCAACAGAUAAUAAUACAUUAGCUCAAGCAACAACAUCUUCAAUGCGUAUGGCAAGUAAUAUUCAACCUAAAGUUGAUCAUUAUCGAACAUCAUCUCAAGAUCAGGAAGUUUCAAUCACAUCACAAUCAAGAAAACAACACCAACAAAAUACUCAUCAUCGCACUAAUUCACGUGAUAGUCCUUUUAAUGUAGCACAUAUAAAACAUAAAGGAAAGAAAAGUAGUCGAGAUCAUCCAAGAGCCUUAGUACCUUACGUAUUCAAUGGUAAUCAACCUCAAUAUAUGUGGCCACAAUCACGACCUGUUCAACAUUAUUAUAGCAAUCCUGUAAUACCACAACAAGCACAACCAUCAAAUAAUUAUAUGCAGCCAACAUUUUUACCACAACAAAAUCCAUUAUAUCAACAACCAUAUUAUUAUGGUCAACCACCUCUUCCUGCUCUUGGUUAUCAAAAACCAUCGGUUUAUCCACCAACAUCAAUAGGAAAAUCAGCAAGAAAUAGUGGUAAUGCAACUAUUCAUUCAACACGUAAUCAUCCAUUAUCAUCUAAGACUAAAUCUGAUCCAAAUAGAGGUGCUACACUUCCAACAUCAUUUCAUACAUUUUAUCCAAAUCAACAACAAUAUCACUCUACUCAGCCUAUAUAUCAACCACAAAUACCAAUGCAAAUGCCUGCUGCAUGGUCAACAGCGACUCAUAGACGAGCAGGUCCAAUUGUCAAUAAUGAUGAUAAUAACAAUGAUAAUGUUACUAUAGAAAAUCGACGAAAUUCGAAACAUCGUGCUCAUAGUGUUGAGACAGGUCCUCGUGGUCAACCUCCAAAUAAUUAUCAUAAUCAACCACAACAACCACCCCCUCCUACGACUAUCGAAAAUCAACAUCAUUAUUAUCAUCAUCAUCAUCAUCAUCAUCGAUCUCAUCCAACAAAUGUACCAGUUAAUAAUACUAUUGUUCCAACGGUAGAACCUGUUCGAGAACAAAAUAUUCCAUUGAAAGAAACAACAACGAUAAUUAAUAAUGGUAACAGUGGUGAUAGAUUAACUAUUCGUCAAUUAAAUGAAAUUUUCCUUCGAACAGACCCAUCAGGUCGAUUACCAUAUCAUGUAUUACCUAGUAUUUUACAACGUUUUGGCAUAUCAUUAACAGAAAAUGAUUUAACAUCAGCUGCACGUGAUCUUCAAUAUAAUACGAACGAACCAAUAUCUGCUCGACGUCUAGUACAUGUUUUAAUUAAAUUAGGUAAAAUAGCAAAAUCAACACAUCAACAGAAUCAACAACAACAACAACAACAACAACACCACCACCAUCAAUACCCACAAUCCGCUCUUUCACCAGCCAUGUUACCUGAAGAUCGUGAAGUGACUGAUAUUAUGACACAUAGUAGAUUAGCUGGCGCUACAUCAACUCAUAUACAUUCAUCAACACAUCCUAAUCAUUGGUAUUAA